AUGGCUGUCAAUUUCCAUGUGCAGGGACACCGUCCUCGUACAUUGUUUACACAUCCAAAUACAAGUCUCCUCAACAUCUCUCUCAAGCAAUAUGGCAUCAAAGAGAUUCGAUCGAGCCAAGGUCUUGUUUCAUGUUCUUCACAUCCCAAUGCUCCACAGCUCAACAUACCUAUACGAUUCCCUUCCCAUGAAAUACUUGAAGACCCUUUGUUUUUCCUAAACCGUAUUUGGUAUAAACUCACGGAAGAGUUAGGGUAUAGCCCUCCAUGUACGGAAGUUGGAAAGCUCGUUGAAGAAGUUGCGGCCAUCGCAAUGACAUUGAAUACGAAUAUAGGGUAUGACUUUUUUGCUGAUAUGGAGAUUCGUAUUGUUGAACGGGUAGGCAUAAUCCGUGACGAAAACACUGAAAAGUUGACGAAAGCUCGAAGAUUCAUUGUUGUUAAUGAGAAGAAAGAGUUGGGAAGUUGUUGCAUAUGUUUGGAAGAGAUGCGCGGUUGGAAAGUGCUUUUUGGGUUGCCUUGCAAACAUGUUUUCCAUGAAGACUGUAUUCUUCAAUGGUUUCACAAGAACAAUUCUUGUCCUCUCUGCAGAACCCCAUUCGAUGAUUGA